CACCUCUCUCUCCUCCAGUGCAAGUACUUGUACUGACUACCCCAGCUUCUGGGUGGCCUCUUGGUAUUGUUGCUCCUCCUCCGUAUCUUUGUUGCUCCUGCUACCCUCCACCACCAUUGCUGCAUCUGCCGUGUUUUUAUUUGGCAUCUUUGGUUUGGUGUGGCAAUUAACCCACAGACACAGAUCCAGUGCUAGUACCAGCUACUGUAGAAGCUGUACUGGCAGCUAGCUAGGCGCCGCCCGCUUGCACAAAAGGGAGGAGAAGCCCCUCGGAAUGAGAGGGACAGCGGAGGAAGAGGAGCAGCCAAGCCCAACACACAAGCUUCAGACAGCGACCCGAGGUGCUUGUGUUGUGUGGGUGUGCGCGAGAUGAAAGGGAAAGCUCUCAGCUUUGGCCAUAACUAGCGAUUGCGAGCUACCACUAUACACCUAGCUAGGCUAGGAAGACCAGCCAAGCUACGUGUCCUCCGCCGGGCUGCCGGAGUGCUCGUGGUCGGCAUGGACUGGGACCUCAAGAUGCCGCCUGGGGCAUGGGACCUCGCCGAGCUGGAGCACGACGCCGCCGCCGCGCCCGCGGGCGGGCCGGCGUCGGCGGGUGGCAUUGGUAAUGCCGCCGGCGGGCGGCCGGAGUGCUCCGUGGACCUGAAGCUCGGCGGGCUGGGCGAGUUCGGCGCAGCCGCAGACAGUCGCGGCAAGGUGCCUGCGCCCGCGGCGGCGUCCGCGUCGUCGUCGCCCGGCGCGUCCAAGCGGCCGCGCGCGAUGUCGAGCGGCGCGGGGCAGCAGCAGCAGUGCCCGUCGUGCGCGGUGGACGGGUGCAGGGCGGACCUGAGCAAGUGCCGCGACUACCACCGGCGGCACAAGGUGUGCGAGGCGCACUCCAAGACCCCCGUGGUCACCGUCGCCGGCCGCGAGAUGCGCUUCUGCCAGCAGUGCAGCAGGUUUCACCUGCUUACCGAAUUUGACGAGGCAAAGCGCAGCUGUAGAAAGCGCCUGGAUGGGCAUAACCGUCGUCGCAGAAAGCCGCAGCCAGAUACCAUGAAUUCUGCAAGUUUUAUGACAAGUCAACAAGGAACAAGGUUUUCGUCAUUUCCAACCCCAAGAUCGGAGCAAAACUGGUCAGGGAUCAUUAAAACUGAGGAGAGCCCAUAUUACGCACAUCAAAUCCCUCUAGGCAUCGGCAACAGGCAGCAGUUUGUUGGCUCUACAUCUACUUUUGCCAAAGAAGGACGGCGCUUUCCUUUCCUACAGGAAGGCGAAAUAAACUUCGCCACGGGCGUGGUGCAUGAGCCUUCAGUUUGCCAACCCCUCCUCAAGACUGUAGCUCCUCCCGAGAGCAGUAGCAGCAGCACCAAGAUGUUCUCCAAUGGGCUGACUCCGGUGCUCGACUCGGAUUGUGCUCUCUCUCUUCUGUCAGCUCCAGCAAACUCCUCCAGUAUCGAUGUUGGCCAGAUGGUCCAGCAGACCGAUCACAUCCCCAUUGCCCAGCCUCUGUUCUCUAACCUGCAAUUCGGCAGCUCAUCCUGGUUCUCACGCUCUCAGGCUUCAACCGGUGCCGUGUCGGCGACGGGGUUUUCUUGCCCCGUGGCAGGAAAUGAGCAGCAGCUGAACACUGUCCUAAGCUCGGACAACAAUGACAUGAGCUACAACGGGAUAUUUCAUGUCGGCGGCGAAGGCUCCUCGGAGGGCGCACCGCCGUCUCUGCCCUUCCCUUGGCAGUAGUUUUCAGUAGCUGUUCUUGCGUGCUUACAGUAGAGCUCCUCCAUUCUCCCUAGUGAUCAGCAUUGUUUUUGUUCAUUCUGCACCAUUCCUUUUCUUUUCUUUUCUUGUAUUCAUUUUACUCGUAAGCAUUCGUGUGGACUAAUUCGGCAUAAAUUGCUGAUCGAAAUAUUUCCGCAUCAUGGUGUCAGUUUUCAACAGUCUGUUCCAUAAUAUAACUUCACAAUAUGUUUUCGCAUACUAA